AUGAUGCUGACUGUAUGGAUACCCGCCAGUUUGCUGAGCGUCUCAGUGGGCAGCGUGCACAUCUCGUCAGGAACGAGGGUGCCUGUGUCCGCAGUCUUUGUCCACUCCGAAUACAACCGCACAACAAACCAGAACGAUAUCGCUGUUGUCAGGACUAAGGAGAAGCUACCCUUGGGACCUACAGUGCAGCCCAUCGGAUUCUCGGAAAGCACUCCCGCGGCGAACACGCUGUGCAACGUAAGCGGCUGGGGUGUCACUGCUGUGAAUGGGCCCACUACAGAGCAGCUGAAGUACGUGACGGUGAACGUGACAGACACAGCGGUUUGCCGCACGAGGCUGCUCGUACUGGAAGGAAUGCUGUGUGCUGGAGGGGUGGGGAACGAAGACUCCUGCCAGGGAGAUGGUGGUGGGCCACUCGUGUGUAACGGUUCACUUGCCGGAGUCGUCAGCUUUGGCUACUACUGCGGUCUGCCAGGCUACCCUAGCGUGUACACCGACGUGUCCAAAUACGGCGACUUCCUCAACCAUUCGCUGACAGAGCCGGUGUCGCCUCAGUGACGUCACCAGGCUACUAGACGCUGACCGUCGUCGGCUCCAUGGACAGCGUGGGGAGCGUCAAGCCGGGUUUAACUCUGCUGCCUGUUUUUCUGUGAAGCACUACCCGACAGGACAGUCUCUGUAGCAAGAAAACGCUCUCAUAAAUGGAUGUCUUGUGUAGGCUUAAUGCUCUCGUCAGUAAAGGGCAUGCGAUUUUCUGCUGUUCAUGUACUUUAUUAUAUUUAAUGUCAUACAAUAUGCUGGUACGAGUGAAACUGCCCUACACCAUGGAUGAUACAUACCGUACAUGACAUCCUUAUAGUGGAACCAACAUCUCGAUCAGCUGAUUAUUGGAGACAUCCAUAUUCAGCAGACCUGUGAAGUACUGUUCAGUUUAUCUUCAUUUUAGUAUUUUCAGUAAGGGUUUCUUUAUUAAAAUGAUGCAGUACUGUACAGCGUUUGGUUCCAGCGAAAGAUAUAUGCAAGCAGCUAAUAGAGGAUGUACAUAAAUGUUUACCUUGCUAACAAAAUUCUUUAACUCUUUAUUGAUAUAGUAAAUGAAACUUGCGUUAUACCACAUACAGCUCUACUCAUUAAAUUUUGAACCUUACAUGAACAUUUAAUGCAUUUCAUUUACGUCACAACAUCUGUACCUCUGGAAACACCCAAAAUAUCAAACUGGCGCUCAAUCGCAUGCCACACAUGCAACAUAUCUGGUGUGACUGCGCUAAUUGUAUCUCUGAUGCGUUGCUGCAAUGUCGUAACAUCAGGAACUACUGUUGUACACAGUACCUUCACAUACUCGCAAAGAAAGAAAUCGAAGAGGAUAACGUCAGAUGAUUUCGAAAGUCACGGAAUAGAGCCGUCUAUGCCAGUCCACCUGCUGAGGAACGUUUCAUUAAGAAAACCGUGGAUUUCUACAGUCCGAUGAGGGGGAGUUCAGUCUUCCUGAAAUAUGGCAGAGCUUUGCUUAUCCUGUAGCUGGAGCAUGAUAUAAUUCAGCAACAUGCCUAGGUAAACAUAUACACUUACAUUGCUUUCAAGGAAGUAAAAUGAGCAACCAACACCACACCACACUUUAAUCUUUGGACUGUCCCGAAUGUGUUCUUGUAUGACAUGAGGAUUUUCUAGUCCCCGGAUCCAGACAUUAUAGCAGUUAACUGAGCCACAAACAUGAAUUGUAUCCUUAUCGGAAAAAACACGCACGAUCUAAGAAAUCAUUGUGAUCACCCAAACGAUUCAGCAUAUCCACUGCAAACUGUUCACGUUUUCGGUGAUCAACUGGUUGUAAUGUUUGAACAAUUUGGACCUUGUAAGCAUGCAAUUUAACACGUUUGCGAAGCACAUUAUGCACUGUACUCUUUGGUACUUGAAACUCCCAUGACGUUUGUAUAAUCGAUUUUCGUGGCAACCUCGUGAAGGUGGUUUGAACUACCUGCACAGUCUCAUCCGAAACAGAUGGUCCGCAGGUGCUUGGCCGUGAACCGACCCCGUUGCUAAAAAAGGUCCCAUCCAUGUUCUGGGUAACUUGACAUCAGGCGUCUUCUUUCCAUAAUGGGACACUAACUUUCGCUGCACAGUAAUCGGUGAUUUGCUUUCUGCCAGCCACCCAACACAUUGAGAUUUCCCCUGGGGGAGGGAGAAGCCAUUUUUAUGAUAUAACUCACACAACGUUCCUUGUGGCGAAAUUGUUGAAUGACACACAGGUAUACAGAAAAUUUAUGGGUUUCCUAGUAGGCCUGUAACAACUAACGUUGUGAUCAUAAAUAUAAUUAACAUUUAAUCUUGAAAUCAGGGUAAACAUUUAUGGUCACCCUACAUUUCUUUCCUCAGUUACAGUUGUUUUAAGAAUACAAAAAAAAUGGUGAUUACAUUUUUUUGAAAGUUGGUCCUUGAAAUAAAACUUGAUGAAUGGAGAAGGUUUUGAGAAAAGAGAAAUUUAAUAUCUAACUCACUACAAGAGCUUUCUCUUUAACCGACUUUUCUAAUAUACUGCGCUUUAUUUCUUUUGUUUCUGUAUCUAUU